AUGUACUUUGCUCUAAAUGAGCAAGGCAAGCUCACUCCGAGGAUCGUGACAUCGGUGAUGGCUAAUUUCAUACCGUUGGUGGUACAGAGGAUCAGCCGUCAUACAGAUUGUGUUACUUUUGGGAUCUAUCAUAAGUUCUACCGCAUUCUACCAACUCUCAAG